CGAAACUUUAUUUGGUUAUUUAGAAAGAAAAACAACUUUCUUAAAGUCUUUUUUUUAUAUAGUUUUUGUCCGGUAGCUAGGGAUUUGUCCCCCGUAUCUCCACCGUCUCGCUCACCUCGUUUCCCGCCUCCUCUCGUCUCCGCCUCUUGCUCGUACACCUGCACGGAGGACACCCCGCGAUUGCACCAGAUCCCACUUCGAUUGACGACGGCGACCGCCUCGCUCUACGAGAUUCUGGAGGUUCCUCUCGGCGCGACGAGCCAGGACAUCAAAUCGGCGUACCGGAGACUGGCCAGGAUCUGCCAUCCAGACGUGGCGGGAACCGAUCGGACGACGUCGGCUGAUGAGUUCAUGAAGAUCCACGCGGCUUACUGUACGCUUUCUGAUCCCGAGAAACGAUCUGUCUACGAUCGGAGGAUGCUUCGCCGGAACCGUCCUUUGACCGUCGGUAACUCGGGGAUGGGCAGUUACGUCGGCCGGAACUGGGAAACCGAUCAGUGCUGGUAGGAGGGAGGAGGAAAGAGCGGAGACGGCUGGGGAAUUCGGCGAGGAGAGAGAGGAGCAUGAGAGGGAGUGAAUCGGAAGAGACGUCGCUGAGCUGACCUUAGUGCCUUGUCGGAGCUCUGGAUUGGAGCCAUCAUUCAAGGUGGUUUCCUCGCUUGGAGGGGUGACGCGCUCGCGUGGAGGCCGUGGCGUGAGAAGAUCGGAUUGCAUGUUCGAGUUGUGGUUCCGGGAGAUGGAGGCUACCACAGAUCCGUCGUCGCCGGCUUUUCUCCGGGGGGUGGGGGCUCCUUCAGCUCCGCCGACGACGGUUCAAGUUCCCGGGAAGGGAGUCUUCCUUAGAUUUACCUUCGCCGGUUUGGUGACGGAGUGCGGAUGCUUUCAUAGAUCCGCGCUGCCGAUGAGAAACCCGAAGCUUUUGGGUCAAGGUUACUAUUGUUCGUUUAGUGCGAAGCUAGAAGUGGUUACUGUCUAGGUGGUUCUGGGUCAGGGCGGAGGAGUUCUCGUUUUGAUGAUGAAGCUCUCCGCCGAGGUGAAGUCGGUCAAGUCAACAAUUAGGUGGUUCUCGAUGCGCGCGUCUAGGGUUUUAAGCGGUUCAAAGGCGGAGGUGAUCUCGUCUUUCGAUUGAUCUCUUCCGCGUGUUGACAGUGCGGGUAGAACGAUUAUUUCUCUAGUGGUUGGAAGUUUGGUUGUGUCGGGGGAGAUCUCGAUGAUUUGAGAAAGACCUCCGACAUGAUGUAAAAGCAAGGAAAAUAGGUGGUUUCGGCGGAGGCUCUGCGGGUAUCUGAGCUCCGGCGAAACGAGCGGUCCGGCGAUCUCUUCCGGUUUAUUCCGGAGUCGAUGAAGGGCAAGUUGAGGCGGAGAAACGCAUGCCGGUCUGAAUGGUGUAGAUCAUCCCACGUGUCUCUUCCUCUGCUUCCUUGUUUCUGUCAUGGGCCUUGAUCGUCCGGUUUUGUUAGGUUGGGCCGAGGGGCCGUCUAAGUUGUUUGGGGCUUCGGCCGUAUGUUGUAGUCCGUUUAUGUUUGGGCUUUUGGU